AUGACUACAACAAUAAACGAUACAUCACCCAAACAACAAUCACGCUUUAAGAGAAUAGAACUAGUGAUUGUGCCUGGAAGAAGUCUAGGGCCUUUUCGCUUAGGUUCCUCACUAUGGGAUACAAUACAGCUCUUAUCAGAUAAACCACAGUUCUUUCCUUCUGUUGAAUUAAAAUAUAGUCAAGAGAGCCCAUUGGAAUAUGACUUCAUUAUCGCUUUACCUGCCAAUGGUCUCAACCUAAGAUACGAUGGCUCUUUUCAACGAUUAAAAUCUGUGGAGUGUUAUGAUCCAUCCAAAGUUAAACUUGUUUAUCAAAAUAGUGAUGUUAGUUCAAGUAGAACUAUUCCUACAUUCCUAUUGAUCUACAAGUCUUUUGGUCCAACUUAUCCAGGUGAAUUUGAUGCUCACUUGAGUAUUUAUACACUUAAAUACCCAGGACUUGCAUUCACAUUUCCUAUACCCACACGCCAUCAAUCCUUGUACACAUCUUCAACUGACUUGCCACUUGAAUUCCCUGAUGGCACAACACCUAUUGCAUCCAAAGUGAUUUUAUACAGUAAUAGUAAUACAUGGCAGCAAGCAACUGUGCCUCCUUUAUCUAAAGUGAUUGCAGAAUUCAAUGGAAGUAACUCGAUUAAAUAUGGUAAAUUAGGUAAACGAGAGGUAGAGCAUGUCAUUGCCAAACCUACCAAGGGUAUUACAUUACGUUUCCCUGCUUAUGGCAAUAUGGAUACAGAAUUGCAAAGAGAAAACAAUAACAUCAAUAAUAACAAUAACAACAGCAACAACAACAUGAGCAAUAACAACAUACCUUCCUCUAAUCCAAUUGUAUAUCAUUCUAUCUUUAUUGGACUGCAUGAGACAACAGCACAGGAUAUUUUAGCGGAUUUAGGUAAACCCUCUAAGAUAUUUUACAAGGAAGAAGAUAAAAUGAAGAUCCAUUCAGUUAUGACACACGAAUCAUCAAACAGUAACAAGCAACAACAACAACAGCAACAACAACAGCAACAACAUCCCAUUGAAUCAAAGAUUUCUAAUGAUAUUGUCAAUGCAAAUGAUGAUAAAGACAAAGACCCAUCUGUGGUUCAGCCAACAGACUAUUUCUUUAACUAUUUUCACUUGGGCAUUGACAUUUUAAUGGAUGGUGCAUUACAUAUCUGUAAGAAAAUUGUGCUUCAUGGUAACGUGCCUGGUCACUAUGAUUUCCAAAGAUAUAAACGAUGUCCUUUCUCAAUGAUCUUUCCAAGGCAUAAAAGUAAGAAAUCAGAUGCCUCCAUUCUAGUAGAUGUUGAAGACGAGUCUGAGAAUACAAUUACAGCUGACAUGAAGAUCACUACAAUGCAAGAACACAUUCCUUGGGAAUCCAGUCAUGAUAUACAGCAACAUAAGCCAGUCAUUCUUACCAGAGGAUCCAGUGAACAAAAUCCUUUUGGAUCCACUUAUCUGACUGGAUAUGAUGAAGGCGUUGUGAUGGAAGUCAUGAAGAAUGGCCAUGUACCUACCAUUGUCUUGUUUUAA